AACCAGGACAAGUGUCAAGAUCUAGUUCGUAUUUUGGACCAGAUAUAUAUGAGUAUAACGAGUUAACACACAAAGGUGUACGGCUGUCCACCCGGUAAGACUAACGGACACAUUUCUGUGGUAUCACCAGUUUUUACAUCCAAAUCAUCAGUUGAGGAGUGACAUCAUGAGACCGGGUACAACACGCCAUGUGAUUCUAUUGUUUGGCUUGGUCUUUGGUCAUGUUUCAACUGCUCGCGCAGCCGACAAGCCUCCGAACAUCAUCAUCAUGCUAGCAGACGAUCUUGGGUACGGAGACCUGAGUGGGUUUGGAAACACCACCCUGCCUACACCCCACAUCGACCAGUUAAUGCGAGAAGGAGUGAAGUUAACACAUCAUCUAGCGGCAGCAAGUGUCUGUACGCCAAGCAGAGCCGCUCUGUUGACAGGCCGCUACCCGGUCCGCUUUGGUAUGGUGCCAUCUGGCUUGAUCAGAGUGAAUAUAUUUGUUGCCAACAGGGCAGGAAUGCUCCCGAAUGAAACUACAUUGGCUGAAGUGGCGAAAUCCGUGGGAUACAAAACUGCACUUGUAGGGAAAUGGCACUUGGGUCUCAGUAAAGACACCUUUGGGGAUCAUCUGUUACAUCCAAUGAAUCAGGGCUUUGACCAGUACUACGGACACAUACUGACCAAUAUGAAGGAUUUCAGUGGAGAUGGCGAACGAGUGUUAACGUCACAGCGACCAGCAAUUUAUUACGUUGUAGGUUCUCUCGUCACGCUCGGGGUACUCCUGUUUGUGUGGCUGUACAAACAAAAUUAUAUUGGUAAGGUAGCCAUGGUGAUUGGAAUCCUUAUCGUGCUUUCCCCCGCCGUUUAUUUUGUCUUCAUCUUCAACAUGUUGAGAAUUUUGAACGGCAUUGUCAUGAAAAAUCACGAGGUGGUGGAACAGCCAAUCAGAUUGGAAAGUCUGAUGAAGCGGUAUGUUCAGGAGGGACUCGAAUUCAUGGAGGCCCGUGAAAAGGACAAGGAGCCAUUUUUACUACUUCUUUCCUGGGAUCAUGUUCACACGGCGAUGCGAACAAGCAAAGAGUUCAAAGGUCGCUCAAAACAUGGACGUUAUGGAGAUUCAGUGUUAGAACUUGACUGGGGAACAGGUGAAAUUAUGUCCAAACUUAAAAACAUGGAUAUCGGCAAGAAUACUUUGGUUUAUUUUACAUCUGAUAACGGGGCACAUUUGGAAGAGUCAGAUAUACAUGGCAACAGUGACGGUGGAUCGAAUGGGGUUCUAAAAGGAGGAAAGGCGCAUGGUGCUGUGGAUGGGGGCAUUAGAGUUCCAUCUUCGGUUUGGUACCCAGGCAAACUACCUGCUAAUGUUGUGGUCGACGAGCCCACUAUGCAAAUGGACAUGUUCACAACCAUAUCGAAUUUGAUUGGUGCAGAUGUACCACGUGAUCGGCCAAUCGAUGGACGGGAUAUGUACUCACUACUGGAAGGAAAGGAACACAUCAGUCCUCAGGAGUUUUUCUUCCACUAUUGUGGCGAAAUAGUCCAGGCAGUUCGAUACAGACCACGCUCAGGUUCUACUAUCUGGAAACUUGUUUAUGAGGAACCUGAAUACUUACCUGGUACACAGAAAUGUCGGUUCGUCUGUAACUGUAGGGAUGCUGUCAAACUGCCACGGCCCGCGCUUUACGACAUUACGUCAGACCCCGGAGAGAACAAACCAAUCGACAUCACAAGUUAUCAGAAGUAUAAAGAUUUAGCCGAAAUCAUGAUAAAAGCUACAGAGAAACACAAGGCUUCAAUUGUGCCUGUCGAUUGCAGACUGUCCCUGUUUAAGUUGCUGUGGCGUCCACACAUGCAACCCUGUUGUAAUUUUCCGUAUUGUAGCUGUGUUGAUGAUAAGUAUCAGAAUAUACAAUAAAGGUUAUAUGUUAUUACUCAG